UCGUUUUCCGAUCAGUCGUGUUGUCAUUGUUUCGUGACGCAGCAACGUCGUUGGUUAUCGACAAUAACAGAAGAAAGAAAACAAUUUCAUUCAUAAUUAUCUCAGUCUAGAACACCACAGUAUCGUCGAGAUGGGCUGAAAUUGCUAAGUGAGGUGUUUAGGUUAAAUAUAUUGUAGGUGCAAGAAGACCCUGGUGACCCAGUGUCCGGUGAUGACAGCGUGAACGCAUUCAAAAAUUAGACAGAAAUAAGACAGGAAGUUUUUUGGGUAAAUUAUAAUCGCUGCUGUAAUCGAUCAUGGUGAUUGAUUAAUGUUAGUAAUAUGACCGCGGUCGUGGAUUCAUAGUUAAAGCGAGGACAUAAAUAUUUGAUGGUUCAUCGAUCACCUAUCUCUAUCGAUCCACGCUGUUUUUCAAAAAUCAUAAGCGCGUAUAAGUAUAGUAUACGAUGCAAAGCUAUAUACAUGCGGUGCAAGAAAAAAUUCAGUGCGCGAUCGGUAUACUUUUGCCAAAUUGUUUAUAUUGUUUCCUCGAGCCUCAAUCCUCGUUAACGAUUGAGAAAGUGCAAUCCAGUUUUCAACGACAGAAAAGCUUCCCCUUUUUCAUAGCCAUUCAGGCUUUUGUUGAUAACUCGCCUAAUAAGAUUUAUUACCCCCUGUUGUACCUUAAUUGAUAUCAUGCCAACACCUAUAUCCGGAAAAAUGGUUUUUAACAGACUUACCUAUCGCCAACAGAUACUAGCUGGAGUGCAAAACAAAAGGGUUUAAACGAGUUUAUGCUGAGUACAUAGUAAUAAUGUUUCCGUCCGCCAUGAAGCUUGCAGUACAGUUUCUUUUUUUCGCAAUAGCAUUUAAAGAACAUGUAUCAGAAAAUAUAUCAAAAGACAGCGUGGUCUGUGUUAAUGAGGAUGAGAUGUUAAACGCUUUAAAAGGAAGAGAUGGUCCAGCGGGUCCGCCUGGAUUGAAGGGUAAUCGAGGUGAGCCUGGUGAUCAUGUUACCCCAACUCAAGGUAAUGAAGGGUGGCCGGGUGUAGAUGGCGAACCAGGGCGUAAAGGAAGAAAGGGGAACCGUGGAGAACCUGGAAUGACUGGAGCUCCAGGCCUUGAUGGCGUCAACAACAAAAAGCGAGGUAUGAAGGGUGAGCCAGGAACCAGCGGAGAGUUUGGAGAGCAGGGUGAUCCUGGACAUGUAGGAACCAACGGCCAGAGGGGAGACCGUGGAUCACCUGGAGAAACAGGUCCCAAGAUAAAAGAAGAGGUCUUGAAGUCUUUAUUGAAUGACUACUAUGUUUUGGAAAACGCUUACUUUGACGAUCUCUAUCAUGUAACAUCACGUGAUUUGACUGAUGGUAGAUCAGAUACUGGCGGUUGGGGAAGCGAGACAGCGAAGACUGGGAACUAUAUUCAAGCAAACUAUUUCCAUCCUGUCUACGCCACCUCGGUCACGUUAGCCGGAGGAUUUGUACCGUCUUGGGGUCAUGAAAUCAGAGAAGAUUAUGGUUAUAUGGAUUUGGAAUAUUUUUCGGAUAAACGAAAAUGGGAAAAGAUUGCUAAAAUCAAGACUCCAUUUGGGAACAGAACGGUCACUCGCCAUUUUUCUGCACCAGUCACAGCUAAGUACUGGCGCUUGAUCUCAACAGAGAAUAAGUGGAUCGGAACAACUGAAUUCGCCUUGAAACCUUUAGUGAAACCAUCUGGAGUUUAAACUUUCAAAGUGGCUGGACUUUUUUCUCUAUAUAGAUAUAUGCUGAAUAGAUAAACAUUGAAUUAAAUAUGAAUUAAAUUUUUGUAUUUAGUAACUAUAUCUAGUUAACAUAUGCAUACUAUAUGCAUUGUUCUGAUUAAUCGUCAAAUAAUUGUAAUGUCUGUUAUUAUGCAUUUUGUGUGUAUUGUUGUUCUUGAUUGGUCAGAAAGCACCGGUUAAUUCUCAUAUGUCAAUAUUUUGUAUUUAUAUAUUGUAUAUUUACGUAAUAAUUUAGACCUCGGUCAAUGUUAUUCGGAUCAGCUUCACUUGGACAGAAAACAUUGACUUUGGCCUGAAUAAUUCUUGACCUAAUAAUUGUUUAUUUUUCAAAGUAUUAGAAAUGAGUAUCAAGUGAUUACUUGGGAGAGAACAAAUUAAUAAUGGGGGUUUUAGAACGCGUCAGAUCACAGAUUUUCAUCAGCCUCGUUCCCAGGCGCUUUUAAUAAAAUAAAUAUAGGAACACUACAGGCUUUACACAGAUAAAUUAGGCUGGAUUUUCGUGCUUUUUCCCAACAUUUUGCAUUUCAAGACGCAACGAACGCUUCUUAGCCUCGUUAGAGCUGCUCCCAAACAGAGACUCGGCAGUUUUUAACAUCUUAUACCACAUUAAAUUCCCUGGAGUAACAAAAAAUUAUACAAAACUCUUCAUC